AUGGGAUUUAUUGAUCCAGGAAAAUCUUUAAGGAAAAGAAAACUGCGGAGUAAUUCACCCUUACCUGCUAAAAUACCUAGAGUGUCUCCUUCCUUAUCCCCACGACAGUAUGCUCCAGCUAUUCCAAAAGUGUGUUCACUAGCUACAUUACCAGUGGAGAUUAUUCAUAAAAUAUUUGUAUACGUUGGACCAUAUGAAAACAAUCUACCCUUAGUUGAAAAACACAUGAACUCCAUUCUUCGAUUCAAUGGUGAUAUACAAGUAGAACCUGUUUAUAAUUAUCCCCUUUUCAAGUCCAUGGUGAAUAGUUACUUCCUUUUUGACUUGAACAUAAGAAUAAAUCACCAAUGUCUUCAAAUGAAAUCAAAGUAUUAUACAAGCAAACUUGAGACUAUUCAGCAGCAUCAUCCGGAAUACACGAGGAGUUCAUACUACAAUCGGCUACGUCGAAAUUUGGCAAUUGUGGAAUCUACAGUACAGCUGUUCAAUCAAAAUCGCCAUGCAUUGUUGGUUGAUAUAUUGAAUUUUAAAUUUGUAUCAAGUCAGGUACUUUAUAGAUUAAACCAAGAGAGAGAAACAAUGGGACAGGGACUAUUGUCCAUAAGAUCAAUGUCGGAGAUCACAUUAUUGCAAAAACUGAGGUUGAAAUUUUUGCGACUAAAAUUCAAUGAAAUGGGUGACAACUUGAAAAGAUUGUUGAGCGAGAUAGAAAAUGGAUUGAUUGAGACAUCUGUGACUUUUGACAUUGAAAGUAUUCAACAGUCUUUAUUUGAUGAACCCGAAUAUGACUUGAACCCACAUUUCCAAUAUUUUGAGGACGAAAAUUUGCCAACAGAAGGAUUCCUGUCAUGUACUAAUGACAGGUUUAUUAAGAUUUCGGAGGGGUUUAUUAACUUCAACGAGGGAUUCGAAGUAAUUGAGGAAGAAGCUCCUGGUAGAUCUAAAAUACCCGAGCUUUUGUUUACAAAGUCGAUUUAUUCAAAACGUCACUACGAUACUUUGAGCUAUUUAAGACGUUUCUACAAAUUUGGAAAAAUGGACGGGCCGCGAAUCAUUAUAAGCCUAUCAGAAGUAUUGGAAUCCCCUCAUAAGUAUCAAGUUUUGAAUUGGUUACAACUUGCGGGCUUGGUUGAUUAUGUGUGCGCCUGCAAUAACCCACAAUAUAAAUUUACUGAAGCGAUUAUCACGCUGUUCAGACUAUUUGCUCAUUAUAAUAGCAAGGAUCACCCUUUGCUCUUUGAUAUCAAAAUAGACAUAGCAGAUGCAAUCAAUAAGAUAUUUCAGAUGGUAGAGACUUUGGUAGAGUAUUUUUUUGCCCAUGAUCACAACAAUGAGGAACGAAGACAGUUAUGGAUUGAGGCAAUGCAACUUAAAAGUAUUUGCUUGAUAGAUUUACUAAGAAAGUAUGACGACAAUCCCGAUUACGAUAUACUACAUAGAUUUGGUUAA